GAAGAAAUUACCAAUUUAUUUAAUGAAUAUUUUUCUGAGAUUGAAGAGAAACUAUCAGUGGAAAUUCCUUCUACAAAUGUAAAAUAUGUCGACUACAUAAAGCACAACGAGUGUACAUUUGACUUUGUGGAAAUUACUAAGGAUGAAGUACUAACUGAAUUAAAAAAUUUAAAAGCCAACAAGGGCUCUGGACCAGACAAUAUAUCUCCAAAAUUUCUCAAAGAUUCUAGUUAUGUAAUUUCUUCAACACUGACGAGUAUUUUUAAUCAGUCACUUAAAAUGGAAAAAUUUCCUGACGAAUGGGCACUCGCUAGAGUUUCUCCAAUCUUUAAGGCAGGAUUAAAGACUGAACUUGGCAACUAUAGACCGAUAUCUGUUCUCACAGCUGUAUCUAAAGUAUUCGAGAAAAUAUUAUAUAAACAAAUCA